GCCCCGCCCCGCGCUACGAGCAAGCAACGACCGCAGGCCUCCCCGGAAGCCGGGGAGGCCUGGGCCCGGAACGGAAGUAUAUCCGGCCGGGGGGCGGGGUGGUCGUGCGCGGAGUUUCUCCCGCCUGGCGGCGAGGCUACGCUGGCCAGCGGCCCGGGGACGUGGUUCAGCGGCGAGCUUGACCCGACUCUUCUGGCGGCAGGCGGCAGGUCUGGGGGAGAGCCGGGGGCCCGGUGGCCUUCCCGUCGUGAGCGUCCCGCCCGGCCCUCCCUGUGGAGGCCUCGCGGGGGGCAUCCUGAGCGCGCACCGGAGAUGUCCAACCCCUUCCUGAAGCAGGUCUUCAACAAGGACAAGACCUUCCGGCCCAAGCGCAAGUUCGAGCCGGGCACCCAGCGCUUCGAGCUGCACAAGAAGGCGCAGGCGUCGCUGAAUGCGGGGCUAGACCUGAAGCUGGCCGUGCAGCUGCCCGCCGGCGAGGAGCUCAACGACUGGGUGGCCGUGCACGUGGUCGACUUCUUCAACCGCGUCAACCUCAUCUACGGCACCAUCAGUGACGGCUGCACCGAGCGCUCCUGCCCCGUCAUGUCAGGCGGCCCCAAGUAUGAGUACCGCUGGCAGGACGAGCACAGGUUCCGGCGGCCCACGGCACUGUCGGCCCCCCGCUACAUGGACCUGCUCAUGGACUGGAUCGAGGUGCAGAUCAACAGCGAGGACGUCUUCCCCACCAACGUCGGCACGCCGUUCCCCAAGAACUUCCUGCAGGUGGUGAAGAAGAUCCUGUCGCGGCUCUUCCGCGUGUUCGUGCACGUCUACAUCCACCACUUCGACCGCAUCGCGCAGCUGGGCUCGGAGGCGCACGUCAACACCUGCUAUAAGCACUUCUACUACUUUGUCACGGAGUUUGGCCUCAUCGACACCAAGGAGCUGGAGCCGCUGGUGAGCGGGUCAGGGCGUCGUGGGGAGGCGAGUGCCCCCUGUCCUGGGGCUGCACGCCCAUCGGGGCGCGGGCGGGCGGGUCACCCCUUCGCGCAGCCCAGAGGGGCUCCUGCCUGCAGCUGCCCCCGCUUCCCUGUGGGAGAAACAGAUGGGCCUCUGGGUGCCUGUCCCCACCUACACCUC